UGUGUACACUUCAAAAUGAUUGACUUAAGCUUCCUGACAGAGGAGGAGCAAGAUGCCAUCUUAAAGGUUCUGCAGCGGGAUGCGGCCCUGAAGAGGGCUGAAGAGGAGAGAGUCAGACAUUUGCCUGAAAAAAUUAAGGAUGACCAACAGCUAAAGAACAUGAGUGGCCAAUGGUUUUAUGAAGCUAAGGCCAAAAGGCACAGGGACAGAAUCCAUGGCGCUGAUAUCAUCAGAGCAUCCAUGAGAAAGAAGAGGCUCCCUGUGGCAGCAGAGCAGAGUAAGGACACAGCAAUGAGGGCAAAAGAAAGCUGGGUGAAUAACGUCAACAAAGAUGCGGUCCUUCCCCCAGAGCUGGCUGUUGCAGAAGAGCCGGAAGAUGACACAGCUCCAGUAGGCCCAAGUUCCAAUGUGGUGGAUCCAACUUCUGUUGUGAGUGAUAUGUCCCAGCAAAAUACAUGGAAUCCAGCUGUGUCUCUGCCCAAGCAAAGGAAGAAUCCAUUUAACAACUCCGAGCUGCCAGAAGAUCACUCACCGCCACAAACCAAAAAUGAGCAGUCAAAAACUGGAAAAGCUGGUUUAUUUCAGAUUUCAAAAGAGGAUGAAUUGUCAAAAUCAAAAGAAAAGUCUUAUACCCCAGAUAUUUCAAGUCAAAAGGUAGAGAAACCAAUGCAACCCGUGUCUCUGGCACCUGAAAAUGGGUCUCAAAUCAAAGCUCCAAUCCCCAAGGCCAGAAGAUUGCUCUACAAAUCGAAGGACCUCAAGACAGAUGAUAACCAGUCUUUUCCUAGACAAAGGAGGGACUCCCUGAACGCAAAGGGGGCGCCAAAGGGGAUCCUAAAGCGCAACUCCAGCUCCAGCAGCACGGACUCAGAAACUCUCCGCCUAAAUUACAGCUUUGAUCCAAAGAGCAGAAGCCUAUCCCCUGGCCUAACCAUCCACGAGAGGAUUUCAGAGAAGGAGCCGUCUUUAGACGAUGACUCGCCCACAAACUCGCUGGAGCCAUUCAAGCACGUGAGAUUCUCUGCCGUGAAGGACGAACUUCCUCAGGGUUCUAGACCUGUUCUUGGCCAGGAAGUAGGAGAGUUUACUGUUUUAGAAUCUGACAGUUUGCAAAAUGGAACAGAAGGUGCUGAGGGCCUAGACAAGUUUCAAGAUCACCAAAAUCCCUCCCACGGCAAACCUUUGUCUCUUUAUCAGUCAGCGCCAAGCCCAAGAAUGUCAGAAAGGGAAAGCCACCAGCCAAUGUCUUUUGGGUCUGUUCCAAGUGAUGGGCUUCCUUGUCACUCAGACUUUGAACCCACAAGACCACAGCCUGUUGAGAAUUCACCCAUCAUCAGUGAUUAUCAAGAUAAAUCACCAUCUCUAACAAGACUGGAAUCAGAGUUGUCCAAAAGCCCUGCCGAUGAACUGACUCCUUGCGUUGUGCCUGAGCCCUCUCAGACAUCAGAGCACAGCUUUAGAGACCAUCAGCAAGGUAAGCCCCUUCUCCUGGCUCUUGGUGUCCAGACAUCCUCGCGCUUGGGUCCGUGUGCUACUGAGAUAAGGAAGACAACUGAUGAUUCCAUAUCUAAAGUUCUAGACUGGUUUAAUCGAAGUUCUCACACAGAGGACAAUAUGUCAUCCCUCCAGCAUCUCCAGGGACUAGAUCCCAGACAGCAAACAGACUCAGAACCACAGAUUACUGUUCCCUUGAUGACGGACAAUAUCUUUGUAAAAGGUGACUCAAAGUUCCUGCCGUCCACUAAAAUUAAAUGGAAGCCUGUGGGAUCAGAUUGGACAUUCCAAGAAGAGGGACGUGUGCCGGUUUCUGAAGCUUGCCAAGAUGCUGAUGCACUUCUCAAAUCUAACUCUGCAAAUAGGUCCCAACAGGGCACCCCAAAAGAGGGUUCAGAUACACUGCAACUGUUUGAAAGACACAGAAUCCCAAGUCAAAGGACUGUCAGUAUGGAUUGUAGCCAAGGUUCAGAGAGUACCGGAGAAGGAUGUGGGACAGUUACUCCAAACAGUAGGUACCUCCUCAGUGCUCUGAAAAGAUCUGAAGCAGAGCCCCAAGUUCCGUGGAACCCUAACCAUACUGGCAGCUUAGGUAAAGAAGAACCCAAAUUUCAUGUGCCCCAGAAAAGCAAAGGGAACACAAAUGUGAAUUCUGGCACUUCUGCGAUUGUUCUAGACUAUAACUGGAAAGAUGAUCUGGAGGGCCAGAGCAAAACCAGGAACACUUCCGUCCUAAAACCAUCCCUAAAGCCAGAGAACGGUGAGCUGCCACUCGCUGCUGCCGACAGUGGACCUUCUUGGAGGAAGCCUGAAGGCCAUGAAGAAGCAGGUGAGGGUCUCCAAAACCAAGUGCUGAGAGAGACAUACAAGAGCGUGAGUGAUAGAAUAUCCUUCUGGGAAGGAGAAAAGGCUGGAGCUAAGAUGAAGGCCAAAGAACCCACAUCUUCUUGCAGCCAGGAGCCUUCUUCUGCCAAAGGACACAAGCCUGCCAAGUCACGGGUCGUGUUCAUGAGCAGUUCAACUCCAGGCCAGAGUGAGUGUAGUCAAGUCCCUGCUAAACCAGUGGUCCUUGAUGAGGAUGACCAAACACUCCACCUCUCCAGUUUUUAUUCCUCAAAUAAACCGAAAACAACCAGACCCCCAAUAUCAGGUGCAUCCAAAACUUCAGCUGACCAGUCAGAUAAAGUGUCUCCCCUUCACACUACUGGUGAUGAAAUAUGCCAUUCUUUGGAGAAAGACAGAUUUGCGACUGAUCAAUCAAAUGCCAGCUUCAAAGUUCUGUCCCUAAAAGAAAGAAUGGAUGAACCCGAUAUGGAUCAAGCCUAUCAUCAUUCUCAGUUUGAGAAUUUGAGAAAGUUUUGGGGCCUGGGAGCCAAUCUAAGCAAUACAGAUAAUGAUGAGAAUCACAGUGUAGCACACACACAGAAUCUCGUGCCACUCAACAGCCAAAGAUCCAAGGAGUUUGACAGCAUGAAAUCAUCAAGAGAAAACACCCACGUAGAAGAAGGGAGACAUUUAAGACAGGGACAUAUUAUAGCAGCUGAAGAGAUGGAGACAUUAAAUUCAAAGGGCAUAUUCCAAGCACCGCCAGAUGAAACCACAUUUCCACGAAAACCACCCAGAAAGUUCACCUAUCAUUUGGCAGGAAAUGAGCCUUCAAAGGAAAAUGUGAGAAAAAACAUGGGAUGUCUUGUUGCUCCAGUAAUUGAAGAGACAAGGGAUUGCUCUGAUCAAGAAAUUCAAGAAUCCAUAGUGAAAACAAGCAUUUUGCCUCCUGUCUCUAAAGACACAUUCAGUGACAGGCUACAGAAGUUGCUGGCAGAAGGUGCGGUUUCAGCAACCCAGACUUCUGGCAGGAGCAUUCAAGAACGGCAAGCCCUCCAAGUAGGUGUUUCUGAAAAGAGGACAGGGUCUUAUAAAGCAGGUUUUACCGAGGAGAAGGAAGAUGUCUCGGGGCCCAAGAAGACCCUUAAUGAGCACGUGGAUGAAGUGGCAGAACGUCCACAGGUUCCACAGAGCUCCAGUGUGGAUGAACUCCUGAAGGAAGCAGCUAGAACUUCAUCCACUCCCUUGAAAUCCCCAUUGGAACUUGUAACUGCUAGGCCCAACUCCCCAGCUGAAGAUGACAGGUUGGAAAGGUGGAUAAAACAGAAACGCAGUCCUUCAGCAGAUCAGAGAGAAAUAAAAGCUCCCUCUCCACAGGGUGUUGAGACUUUGGGAGAUACAGCUCUCACCCAGAAGGCUGAACGUUGGAACACAGAAGGCAAGCCUCAGCCGGCUGCAGAAAGGUCUUUUCCCCCGGCUCAGUCUUCCCAUUUUUUUGAGGGCGUUUCCAGUUCUUCAGCGGAUGUGUCUUUAACUCGGAAUACUUGUCUUGCAUCCCAGGAUGGCACAUUGCCUUCUCGGGGGGAAAUUUCAGAGGCUAUAGAGAAAGUUGUUCUUCCCUCUAGACCAACAGAGAUGAACAUAAAUGCUGUCUUACAGAGGCUCCUUAGAGAAGCUGAAGAAGUGAAAAACACACUUCCUGAGAGAGGGCAAACAGCAGACAGACCCUCAAGUCCUCAGAGAGUGAGUCCCCCGUGGGCUGCUAUGGAUGCUGCUGUUCCAGAUACGGACUUCCGUUCCUUUUACACAGCUCCUGAUACAGUUUAUGAAGGUGGAUCUUUCUUAUCUGCCGGAAUGUCACCGUCAGAGCAUCUCCUUAGGUCACCUGUCUCUGCUGUCACUCAGCAAGUCCAGGAGCCUCUGCAGGAAGUGGCAGAGACAGUGAGGGAAACCCUUAUUCGGCCCAAGUCGGAGUGCCUUGAAUUUAGGGCUGGCUUGGAAAAACUACUGAAGGAAACACUAGAAAGUUCCCUGUCGAAAGGUGAGAAGGAUCCAGAAACUGUUUCCCCAUCAGCUGUAAUGGGCAGUUGUGAGAUGUCCCAGCAACUUGCUUCUGAAUUCCAGCCUAAAGAAAUUCAAGAAACUGUAGAGAAGGCUGAGGCUCCAGCAGUAACUCAGAGUGCCUUUGAUGAUGGUUUUGAGAAACUUCUUAAAGAGAUGUCUGAAGGACCUUGUCAGCUCCGGCUGUCAACUAAAGAAGACAGUAAGAAGCAGCCUUCACAGGCAGAGCAAGACAGGUUCUUGGGGAAAAUCCCCCAUCUUUAUCAGAAUACCUCAGGAACCUCUAAGAUGGAGGUUAAGUGCAAAGGUUUGGAAUCUCAACUCAACCGGGGUGAGAAAUUAUUAGGAGGAGAUGAAGCUGUGACUGGUCUAUCAAUAGAUGUUCGGGGUUACCCACAUGGGUUUGGAGUCCCUGAACGCUCCCAACUUUAUGGAGACUAUGAAACAGAGACCAUUGAAACGGUCCAAUCUGUAGGGGACAGGGGCAGAGAAAGAGCUGUUACAGAAGGCACAGGGGCUCCCCAGGAACCUGACUUUGAAGAAGCUCCUAAGGAAGUUAGUAUGUUCAGAAAUAAGCAACCCAUUGCUCUCCUGGAAACAACAGGAAAACUUACAGAAAUGAGUAAAGCUGAAUCGAUCCUAGCAAUACCACAUAAGAGACAAGAGAAAGAGCAGAGACUAGAAGCAAGCUCUGAAUCUGAGUUCUCAGAUGGGAACACCAGCUCUAAUGGGGAGAGCUGGAGAAAUACCAGUGAGUGUUCAGAAGAAGAACACAGCCCUGUUCUGAGAACUUUGGGAAGGAGCACGGCUAGGAAAAUGCCUUCCAAAAGUCUCGACGACAUUUCGUCCGAUUCAGCAAAUCAAGCAAAAGUAGAUAAUCUGCCAGAAGACUUAGUACGUAGUGCUGAAGAUGAUCAAAAGGCAGACCAGGAGCCAGAUACAAAUGAGUGUGUACCAGGAAUUUCCACAGUGCCUUCCCUGCCUGACAAUCAGUUUUCCCACCCUGACAAACUCAAAAGGAUGAGCAAGUCUGUUCCAGCGUUUCUUCAAGAUGAGAACGAUGACAGAGAAACAGAUACUGCAUCCGAGAGCAGCUACCAGCUCAGGAGAUACAAGAAGAGCCCGAGCUCAUUAACCAAUCUUAGCAGCUCCUCUGGCAUGACGUCCUUGUCCUCUGUGAGCGGUAGCGUGAUGAGCGUCUACAGUGGAGACUUUGGCAACCUGGAAGUGAGAGGGAGUGUUCAGUUCGCCAUCGACUACGUGGAGUCCCUGAGAGAGCUGCAUGUUUUUGUGGCCCAGUGUAAAGACUUAGCAGCAGCGGAUGCUAAGAAACAGCGCUCAGACCCAUACGUAAAGACCUAUCUGUUACCAGACAAAGGCAAAAUGGGCAAGAAGAAAACACUCGUCGUGAAGAAGAGCUUGAAUCCCGUGUACAAUGAGAUAUUGCGGUAUAAAAUUGAAAGGCAAGUUUUAAAGACACAGAAGUUGAACCUGUCCGUUUGGCAUCGGGAUACGUUUAAGCGCAACAGUUUCCUGGGGGAGGUGGAACUCGACUUGGAAACAUGGGACUGGGACAGCAAGCAGAACAAGCAGCUAAAGUGGUACCCUCUCAAGAGGAAGACAGCACCGGUUGCCCUUGAGACAGAAAACAGAGGGGAAAUGAAGCUAGCUCUCCAAUAUGUUCCUGAGCCAAACCCAGGCAAAAAGCCUCCUACAACUGGAGAAGUCCACAUUUGGGUGAAGGAAUGCCUUGAUUUGCCACUGCUGAGGGGGAGCCACCUAAAUUCUUUUGUUAAAUGUACCAUCCUUCCAGACACCAGUAGGAAAAGUCGACAGAAGACUAGAGCCGUAGGGAAGACCACCAACCCCAUCUUCAAUCACACCAUGGUGUAUGACGGGUUCAGGCCUGAAGAUCUGAUGGAAGCCUGUGUAGAACUCACAGUCUGGGACCACUAUAAACUAACCAACCAGUUUCUGGGAGGUCUCCGGAUCGGCUUCGGAACAGGAAAAAGCUAUGGAACUGAAGUGGAUUGGAUGGAUUCUACCUCUGAGGAAGUUGCUCUCUGGGAGAAGAUGGCAAAUUCUCCCAACACUUGGGUUGAAGCUACACUGCCCCUCAGGAUGCUUCUGAUUGCCAAGAUUUCCAAAUGACCCUACUCAGCCGAUUCCACCAUCAAAAUCAGAUCCCGGGUGGAUCUGAGUUGAGUGUUCUGACUUUGUGGACAAAUCUCCUCACCCCUUGUCACUAACGAUUACUAUGCAAGCAUCCCCAAGUCGGUCUGCAUGCAUUUCUUUGGUUGCAUGGCUAACAGCGACAAGAGCUAUGCCCAACGGGAUGGGUGAAGCAACAUUCAAGAAUGUAGUGGAACAAGCUAGGAAAAUCGAACUGUUGCUUCCACACCAAAGAAAAAGUCACCCUUACAGGUUUUACACCCCAAUCUUGUGUGGCAGUUCAGGCCUGUAAUUUGGUUAUUAAACGUUUGCUGGACAUACAAAUAGGAAGAUUAUAGGCAAAGCGAAGGAAGAUACUCCUGGGAUGGGGUGGAGGAAGGAAGAACAGCAGUGAUGACAAAGAACUUCAUAACCAGACAACUAUUUACUUGGAAACCUCUAACAAGACAUUGAAUUCCAUUUCAGAGCAGUAAGACUAAAUUUCCUGCCCAUAAAUCCGCCAGGAGAAACCCCGCCCCCUUCUCAAUCUCAAUUGGACUUUGGUGCCACCUACUGGUUGCAUAUGGAAUUCAGCUCGUGGCUUAUUUUGACUUAAUUUCUACUAAGAGGGAUGGCAAGUCUGUAUUUUAUAACAGUAUGCUAAAAUAUUGUGUAUAAUUGAUUGUUUUUCUUAUAAUUUUACUAUAUGGAAACAGCAUCAAGGUAGUCGCAGAUAUGCUUUGCUACAAACUUUAGAAUAUAAAUUGUCAA